GUGAAUUUUAAUCUUUUGCAUUGUGGACCUUACUAUUUCUGCCUAUUAUGGAUUUCCCCCUCUAUUAUUUACACAUAAACGACGUCGUUUUCAACCCUAUCUUCAUCUUCUCCAGUCUUUCUCUGCAUGGACUGUAAAUUGUGAACACUCUGAUUUUCCAAUCCUUUGCUCUGCACCUUGAGUUUCAAUUCGAGCGUGAGAAAAGGAAAAGGGCAUGAAAAAUCAGUUUAGGGCUCAGUAAAUAGAUUUGUUACAAAAAAAUAAAAGAAAAAAAAAUGCCCACCAUUUCUAUUUUCAAAUUUCCAAUUCCUGCUCCUCCACCAAUCUCAAGUUCCAAGAUAUUCUCCAGAAGCCCUUUAAUUCUCCGAAUUUCGACACCUCGCCCCCAUAAUUUCUCCUCAAUUUCCAGCUCGAAAAGGACCCUUUUUCGAUCCAAGUCAUCUGAAGGGGACGCCAUGCUUUCGGAAGCUGAAGAUGAAUGGCUUCAAAAAUUACCUGAAAAGAAGAACGCUUUGUACUCCCACAGCUUGCCUUGCAUCGAGGCUUGGCUGAAAAGCCUAGGGUUUCACCAGAGCAGAGAUGAUAGGGCUGUGUGGUUUAUCGAAAAGCCCGAUUGGCACGCGCAGCUCUCGCUUGAUGUUACCGAUUUAUACAUAAGGUAUUUAAAGAGUGGACCAGGUAAUCUGGAGAAAGAUGUUGAGAGGAGAUUCAGUUAUGCGCUGAGUAGAGAAGAUAUCGAAAAUGCCAUACUUGGAGGACCAUGAUGAGGUUGAUUUCGAUAGAUCUAUUUCUUAAAUAGCAAUUCUUUUUCCUUUUUUUUUUUUUUAAAUAAUUUUUUUACUAUUAGCCAGCCACCUUCAAUGUGUGAUUCUGCUUGGUUAAUGUAAAUGAUCCUCCUACUAAAAUUGUAACUAUAUACUAUUA